AUGGUGUCUCUGCUUGGUUGGUGUGGGAUUCAUCAUCUUGCCUAGAGCUUGUAGAUUAAAGAAGCUAAGGGGGGAAUGUAUUGCCAAAGUCUGUUUAAUUUUCAGUAGGAGCUGCUCUUGUGAUUUUCUUACCCCAUGUUCUGGAAGUAGCCCAGAAUACAACUAUAGCAGAGCAACACCCAUGGCAUUCAGAUAAGGUAGGAAUUAAGCUAAAGGUAGCCAUUACAUGUUAAGUGUGUAGAUGCCAUGAAGCAGAACUCUUGCAGAAGUGAGAUUUGAUAAAUCACAAGGCUGCAAGGACAGUCAUGGUUGUGCCAAAUGAAUAUGGGACAGUGACUUGGUCAUUCCUGCUUACUAACCUCACAUUCAAAGGCUUCAUGCCACAUUCCCUGUGCCUCUGAUUAUAGAUUUUUGUCUGCAGAGCAAGUACUAGUUGUGUAGCCACUUGCUUGGUUUUCAUCAAGAUGCAUAAUGAUGACACUGGGAGGAUAUUUAAUACACACAAGCAAAUGAAAAAGUACAAGUGAUGAGAAGCAACUGAGCUGCUUCUGGAGCUGAUCAAAGGUUUAUUUUGAAUGACACAACACUGGAAAACAUAGUUACAUAUGACUUAUUGAUACAGAAUACAUUUUUUAAACUUUCAAGGGAUUGUUGAAGGUGUGCUGCAUAAAUACAUAUAGUGAAAAUAUAUUGUGUUCAUCUUUUCCUUAGAUUAGCAUCUUAUUUAGUCAUACAACCCAUUCAAUUUUUAAAGUAAGAAAAUUAGCAUUAUAACACCCUUUAUCAUAAUUAUCUUAUCCCUAGGUAUAGCAGGUGGUAAUAUAUAGGCGACUGAGCCAUGCCUUCCCUGGUGUUUUAGCAGGUUUGAGUUUGAUAACAUUUUUGUCAUUUUGGAAUGAUGAUUUUGCAUUACAAAUGCAGAUAUUAUUGUCUUAAUAUUUUGGCAAUGGAGCAGCUAGUUUCCAGUUGGAACAUAUAUUUUUUACUGUAAUGCCAGACAAUCGGAGCAAAUGCCUGUAUGAACAAAUACUACAUCAAGGAACUACAAUGUUGGGUAAGAUAUGUGGAAAUGCAUGUAAUCAGUGGUGGUCAACCUUUUGGGGAGCAUGCCAUAAAUCAAGGCCAAAGUAUGAUAGUAUUGCUUUAGGGCACAUUAUAGUACAUAAGCAACUCAUACCCAUUGUGGCAUUUCCUUCUAGUCUAACCUAGGCAGCAAGCAGGCGUGCGUAGCCUUACUGUCAUAA